AUGAAUUUGGCAACGGACAAGUUAAAGAUCACAUUAGCGACUUACAAGUUUGUGGGCGAUGCUGAGAUUUGGUGGAAGACCGUUUCUCACACCCAUAAUCUGGAUACUAUGACAUAUGCUACAUUCAAGAAGUUGUAUUAUGAGAAGUACUUUCCAGCGCCUAAGCGGAGGGAACUAAAGAAGGAGUUUGAUGGGUUAAAGCAAGGAAGUAUGACAGUUACAGAGUAUGAAAACAAGUUUACAUCACUUUUGAGGUUUACACCGGGAAUUGCUAAUGAUGAAGAAGGAAAGAUUGAGAAAUUUGUUGAUGGCCUUGAUCUUACCAUUAGGCCAAUUGUAGCUGCUUCAGAACCGACAGAGUAUGCAAAAGCAGUGCGAAAGGCUUUAGUGGUUGAGGCUGAGAGUAAGGACAACAAGGCUAUCAGGGAGUCCUGCAAGCACAACAGGGGUAUGUGUACUUUCUCUGAAGGUCAAUCAAGUAAGAAGCAGAAGCAUGAGCAGUCAGGGUUCAGGGGACAGCAGCCAGUUAGAUCUGCACCCACAGCUUCAGUGUCCAUGGGGUCUUCUAGACCGAAUGUUACUUGUUUCAGAUGUGGGCAGUUGGGACAUUACAAGUCCCAAUGCACUCAGACACAGGGCCACAGGGUGAAAGAUUAUCCACAGCAGGGCAGUGGUUUGGGCAAAGGUGGAGGUUCACAGCAGAGGCAGAUGCAGUCUGCCACAGUUCAGUCAGGGUUUCGACCACCACUACCACCUCAGCCGUCUCAGUCAGCUAUGUCAGCCCAGAGUUCUCGACCUGGAAGGGGAGCUUCUUCAAGUGCACCUACUCAUCAGUCUGGCUAUCAGGCAGGCAGUUCCCAGGGGCAGUGGACCAAAGGUCGCGUGUUUGCACUCACUCCAGUCGAGUCACCAUCCAGUCCUUCAGUUGUUAGGGGUAUGUUUCUUGUGUCCCAUUCUUGGGCUCGUAUAUUGUUUGAUUCUGGUGCUUCUUAUUCAUUCAUUGCUUCAUCAUUUACACGGGCAUUGGGUUUAGAGGUCAGUCAGUUAGACAGACCGCUUUGUGUUGACACGCCUAUCGGGGGUUCAGUUCCAUCACAAUUGCCAGACGUGUUCUUGAGUUCAAUCUCAUCCUUCUCGAGAUGA